AUGGCUACAAAGAAACGAAAGAGUACCAUCGUGGAAAUUCUAUCCACACAAGGCAUAAGUUUAGUAAACAAAGACGAAAUCGUAUCAGAAUUUGUGUCCUUUUACACGUCCUUAUACACAAAGGACAAUGCCCUCUGCGAAUUUCCUCACGAUCUUGACUGGAGUCCUAUUGAUCAACAGCAAGCUGCCUCCCUCGAGGUCGCUUUCACUGAAGAAGAGGUGGUGAAGGCGAUUCAGAAUCUGGGCUCUGACAAAACUCUAGGACCUGAUGGUUUUACCUCAGAAUUCUUUCAGAAAUGUUGGAACUUUAUGAGAGUUGAUAUCAUGAGAGUAUUCCAUGAUUUUUUCCGAAACGGAGUUAUCAAUGGUAACCUGAAUGAAACAUACAUAUAUUUGAUCUCAAAGAAAUUGGAUGCUCGCACUGUUGCAGACUUUCGUCCCAUAAGCCUCACGACCGGUCUAUAUAAAAUCAUAGCAAGGGUAUUAUCAGAACGCCUUAAAAAGGUUCUCCCCUUCACAAUAACUAGGCAACAAAUAGCUUUUGUUGAGGGGCGACAAAUUCUUGAUGCAACCCUCAUGGCCAACGAACUCAUUGAUGAAUGGGAAAGAAAGAAACAAAAAGGUGUAGUCAUUAAACUUGACAUGGAAAAGGCCUUCGACAAGGUUGAUUGGACCCAGAAUGGCGAAGGUGGAUUAAAGGAUGCAUCUCAUCCACAAAUUUCUCCAUCAUCAUCAAUGGAAGACCGAGAGGGAAAAUUUAUGCCACACGGGGCCUGA